CAUCUUAUCACCUUCAACAGCUGCUAACAACGACGACACUUCACCGGGAUUCAGGUGUUAGCUGCAUUAAUUGAGAUAAUAUGGAAGGCCUAUCUAGCACAAAAACUUUUGAAGAGUCAUUUAGACUCCCGCGAUCUUUAGACACCAGAAUACAUGUGCGCGUGUCUAAGCUACAAAAGGCGCUCGUCUUGAACCUAUCGACAGCAACUGCUGAAGAGCUCGGCACGGCUGUCCCCAUGGGCUCAUUUGUAUACGCUCUGCCAGAUCGGUUCAACGAGCAGCAGCCUCUGGCAACGACUUUGUUUGCCCAUGAGCCCACGAUUGAGUUUACUACCCGUGUGGCGCGAAUCAUUGCUCGAAAAUCAAAAGGCCCUGUCUACGUGACAAACUCCAUCAGCUUCCGGGACGCUGGCCUGGGUGGCACAGUAGAGGAGGAGAUGGAGGCACUGCAGAACGUGGUCAAAGUUGUGCAGUCACAUCUCUGAAGCACACCCCUGAGUCGCAGAGAACGGGAAGAAGCAGAGAGCUAUCCAGGAGGACUAUCAGCAUCGGAUGGUGGCAUUCAGACGUCAACUUUUGGCCGCUUCGUUUCUCGGCGGCGGUCUGCAUGAAAGACCAUGCACCGUCCCGCGCAUGCGUGGAGAGUUGCGAAUAGAGUGCAAAACAGGGUGGUCAACCCACCAACGCCUAACUCUUUUUCGUAGAGACACCGCGACGCAAAAGCGCAAUCUGCGCCGAGACCAAGCAAUAUGCGCACACAUUCUGAGCGGCAUAUUCCCCGCCCCGCCACUUGAAAAGAGACAACUAAAUGAAAAUGACCUCUAUUGGAGGCAACUACGCAGCUUCCCAUGCCAGAAACCCGGUUACCGGAAACUCCGCGAACGCUAGGAUCAGGACUUGGUGGCAAAGCGAUUGGUUUGCUACAGCCGCGGAAGCUAGCCGGUGCACCUCCAAAAUUAUAACAACGGAUAGAAGCGUACUGGUUAUGAUUGCAUGUUUCUCGGGUUAUGGCAUGGCUGGUUUGGCUGGGAUUCAGUUGUGGCCAUAUAAACCAGCAAAGGCAUCAUGAAAUGAUAAAUAGAAUCUUGAGAAGAGAAGCAGAGCACUUAGCUACUACGUUAUCAUCUAUAUAACAAGUUUCACAUGCUACUUUAUUCUUUUU